ACAGGGCGGAAAGGCUUGUCCGUGACAGUGAAUUCCCAGCGACAAAGAUGAUGUUUCUGCGGUCCAUUCGUUGGUUCAAGUACUUGUGCUGAGAAGACACCGAUGUCUGAUAUGUCAACUGUUUCCUCAGACUCAGGCUGUCCAAGGAACCAGUAGAAGCCUCAGUCAUGUAUUCAGAGUGGAGGUCCUUGCACCUGGUGGUGCAGAAUGACCAAGGCAACAUGAGCGUCCUGCACUCCUACCCGGCGCCUGUGGGUAGAGAUGUGGCCAACGCCGUGGUCAAGCCCCUGGGCACCAGUCAGGGUGGCCCCUCAUCAGAACAAUGCGUUUUGAAGACUGAUAAAGAGGUGAAGUGGACGAUGGAGGUGCUGUGCUAUGGGCUGACUCUGCCUCUGGACGGGGACACGGUCAAGCUGUGUGUGGACGUCUACACGGACUGGAUCAUGGCCCUGGUGUCCCCCAGGGACUCCAUACCGCAGCCCAUCAUCAAGGAGCCAAACCUCUACGUCCAGACCAUCCUCAAACACCUGCACAACCUCUUCCUCCCAAGGCCAGAGGUCUUCAGCCCCAUGCACUUCAGACUGUGUCAGCAGGUGUUGUGUGCGGUGCAGAAGCUGGCGCGCGACUCCUCCUCCAUGGUGCGCGAGACCUGGGAGGUGCUGCUGCUCUUCCUGCUGCGCAUCAACGACACGCUCCUCGCCCCGCCCACCGUCGGAGGUGGCAUAGCGGAGAAGCUGGCUGAGAAGCUGAUCAGCGUGCUGUUUGAGGUGUGGUUCCUGGCCUGCACACGUUGCUUCCCCACGCCCCCCUACUGGAAGACAGCCAGGGAGAUGCUGGCCAACUGGAGGCACCACCCGCCUGUGGUGGAGCAGUGGAGCAAGGUCAUCGCAGCACUGACCUCCAGGUUAUUGCGGUUCACCUACGGCCCCUCGUUCCCGCCGUUCAAAGUGCCAGAGGAGGACGCUAACCUUAUCCCGUCUGAAAUGGACAACGACUGCGUAGCGCAGACCUGGUUCCGCUUUCUGCACAUGCUCAGUAACCCAGUGGACCUGAGUAACCCGGUGAUCGUGAGCUCCACGCCCAAGUUCCAGGAGCAGCUGCUGGGCGUGGGCGGGGCAGGGGCAGGGGGAGGUGUGCCCGCCGAGGUGGUGCAGCACCCCUGCCUCAAGCAGCUGCCCCAGAUCUUCUUCCGCGCCAUGAGGGGCAUCAGCUGCCUGGUGGACGCCUUCCUAGGUGUUGCUGUGUUUAAACGGCUCGAUACCACCCAGGUCCAUGAAAAGCGGCAUUCGCAGGGCACCCUCACGUCUGUGCCCUACCAUGGAGGACAGGAGCCCUCCUCCCCUGGAUCAGCUCUGUCUCGGGGCUAUAUACGAGACAGGCUCCCCUCCAUAGGUGUUGCUGUGUCACGGAACAAUUUCAGAGACAGACUGCCGUCCUAUGGUAUAUCCCGCCCCCGUUCCGACAGUGCCCCUCCCACUCCAGUCAACAGGCUAAGCAUGCCGCCGCCCCCAACAACCACCAACACCACACCACCGCACAGCCGCCGCCACCGGCCCACCGCCGUUACCAAGACAACCAGCAAGGCCUCCUCGACGGGACAGUCCAAAGUGUCGCACCAGACCUCCUCCUCCUCGUCCCCUCUGUCCAGCCCCAACCAAACGAGUUCAGAGCCACGGCCGCUGCCGGCCCCAACGCGGCCCAAGGUCAACAGUGUGCUCAACCUGUUUGGCCAGUGGCUCUUCGACGCUGCCCUCGUCCACUGUAAACUCCACUCCAGCCUUAGCAGGGACAGCAGCAUGACCGCCACAUUUUUCCACAUUCUUCUUAAUUAUAAAUCUUCGUUAGCUACCCAGGCGGGUGUGGAGCUGAGGCGGAAGGGCUCCCAGAUGUCCACGGACACCAUGGUGUCCAACCCCAUGUUUGAUGCCAACGAGUUCCCGGACAACUACGAGUCGGGCCGGGCUGAGGCCUGUGGGACCCUGUGCCGAAUCUUCUGCAGCAAGAAGACCGGAGAGGAGAUCCUACCUGUCUACCUGUCCAGGUUCUACAUGGUGCUGAUCCAGGGUCUGCAGAUCUCGGACUACAUCUGUCGGCCGGUGCUGGCCAGCAUCAUCCUCAACUCCUCCGCCCUCUUCUGCACCGACCUGAAGGGGGUCAACGUGCUGGUGCCAUACUUCAUCUCCGCCCUGGAGACUAUCCUGCCUGACCGGGAGUUGUCCAAGUUCAAGUCCUAUGUGAACCCGACGGAGCUGCGGAGAGCCUCCAUCCACAUCCUCCUCUCCAUGCUGCCUCUGCCGCAUCACUUCGGCAACGUCAAGUCAGAGGUUCUGUUGGAAGGGAAGUUCAGCAACGAUGACUCUCUCCAUGACAAGGCGGUCUCCUUCCUGUCGCUCAAGCUGCGAUUGGUCAAUAUUUUGAUUGGCGCGCUGCAAACGGAGACGGACCCAAUCAACACCCAGAUGAUCCUUGGGGCCAUGCUGAACAUAGUGCAGGAUUCUGCUCUGCUGGAGUCCAUCGGUGCCCAGGCAGAAGUGGGUAGCUUGGAUGGCUCUCACUCCCUGGCCAAGAGCCACAGCAGAAACAACAGUGGCAUCAGCACAGCUAGUGCAGGCAGUUCGGAAGCCACCACGCCCGACAGCGAAAGACCCGCACAGGCCCUGCUCCGAGACUACGCUCUCCACACAGAUACGGCGAGUGGCCUGCUGAUCCGCAGCAUCCACCUGCUGACCCAGCGCCUGAAUUCGCAGUGGAGACCAGACAUGAGCAUCUCGCUAGCAGCACUGGAACUCCUCGCUGGCCUGGCCAAGGUGCGGGCGAGUGUGGAGUCGUCCGACCGUAAGCGUGCGGUGAGCUCUGUGUGUAGCUACAUCGUGUACCAGUGUAGCCGCCCGGCCCCGCUGCACUCCAGGGACCUGCACUCCAUGAUCGUGGCCGCCUUCCAGUGCCUCUGCGUCUGGCUCACCGAGCACCCCGACAUGCUCAAUGAGAAGGACUGUCUGAUCGAGGUGCUGGAGAUUGUGGAGCUGGGCAUCUCGGGCUCCAAGUCUCGGACGGGGGAGCAGGAGGUGCGCCACAAGGCCGACAAGGAGCACAACCCCGCCUCCAUGAGGGUCAAGGACGCCGCCGAGGCCACGCUCUCAUGCAUUAUGCAGGUGUUGGGAGCGUUCCCGACCCCCAGUGGCCCUGCGUCUCCCUGCAGCCUGCUGAACGAGGAGACCCUGAUCCGCUGCUCGCACCUCUCCUCCACCUCACACCAGCACUUCAGAUACUUUGUACUCGACAACUCAGUCAUCCUCGCCAUGCUCGAGCAGCCCCUGGGCAACGAACAGAAUCCGUGUCCCUCGGUGACCAUGCUGAUCAGGGGGAUGUCUGGCCGGCACGCCUGGACCAUGCAGCUCUUCCACCAGCCCAGAGCAGCCAGAGCCAAUCAGAAGCAGGCAUUUGUCCCGGAGGCUCGUCCGACGCCAAAGAACGACGUGGGGAUCCGCUUCAACGUGAAGCACCGGCCGUUUCCUGAAGAGGUGGACAAGAUCCCCUUCGUCAAGGCAGACCUCAGCAUCCCAGACCUGCACGACAUAGUCGACAAGGAGUUGGAGCUGCAGCAUGAUAAGCUGCGUGGGGUGAUGGGUAAGCAAGUGGACUAUGAGGCGGCGUUGGAGCAGUACAGCGAGCAGCUGUGGAGGACGCGGAGCUUCCCAGACCCCGACUGCAAGCCGCCGCCCCCCUCGCAGGAGUUCCAGACGGCACGCCUCUUCCUCUCGCACUUUGGCUUCCUGUCCCUGGAGGCCCUAAAGGAGCCAGGUAACAGCCGCCUGCCCCCCCACCUCGUCGCACUGGACUCCUCUCUGCCCGGCUUCUUCGAUGACAUCAGCUACCUGGACCUGUUGCCUGGGCGACCCUGUGACACGGUCUUCAUAUUCUACAUGAGGGCGGGGCAGAAGAGUGCUCAGGAGAUCCUGAGGAACGUGGAAUCGUCGGCUAACGUGCAGAGGCACUUCCUGGAGCUGCUGAUGUCACUGGGCUGGCCUGUGGAGGUGGGGCAGCACCCGGGCUGGACCGGCAGCGUCUACACCAGCUGGACCAUCAACACCACGCCCAAUGGCACCGAGCACACCGGCUACACAGAUGACUCGGACCCUCUGGGCGAGACGGGUGGCGGGGCAUUUAACGGCGAGAGGAGAGUGCUGUACUACGCCGACGCCUUGACAGAGAUCGCAUUCGUAGUGCCCUGCCUCAACGACUCCUCGGCAGAGUCGUCGGAGAACAGCUUCCCCACGGCGGAUUCUGACUCCCAGCUGGAACUGCUACCUCCUCUGCUGAAGCAGCCCAACCUGACACUGGAGCUCUACCCCAACCACCAGGACACCAUGGGGCCCUCGCAACGGAGUCCAACGGUGAAGAGUAAAAAGAUGCCCCCAGGCAGGUCCAUCCCCACACUGGGCCCGGAGACCAAAGUUCUGGUGGUGUGGGUGGAACGCUUUGAUGACAUCGAAAACUUCCCCCUGGCAGAGCUGCUGGUGGAGACGAGUACAGGAGUGGAGACAGCAGUCAACACCAGCACCUCCUGCAGGUCUACGUUCUCUGAGAAGGAUGUGCCGGUGAUCUUCAUCCACCCGUUGAAGACGGGCCUGUUCCGCAUCAAGCUGCACGGGGCCAUGGGCAAGUUCAGCAUGGUCAUCCCCCUAGUGGACGGGAUGGUGGUCAGCAGACGCUCACUAGGGUUCCUGGUGAGACAGACUGUCAUCAACGCGUGUCGUCGUAAGCGUCUGGAGAGCGACUCGUACAGCCCGCCGCACGUGCGGCGCAAACAAAAGAUGGCCGACAUCGUCAACCGCUACCGCAACAAGCAGCUCGAACCCGAGUUCUACACCUCGCUCUUCCAGGAGGUGGGGGAGGCCAGCCUCAACCCCUAACACGGACACACACACACACACACACCUCGCUCUUCCAGGAGGUGGAGGUGGGCAGCCUCAACCCCUAACACACACACACACACACACACACACACACACACACCUCGCUCUUCCAGGAGGUGGGGGUGGGCAGCCUCAACCUCUAACACACGCACACGCGCGCACACUCACACACUCAUAUUCAUCAGCUCAGAAACACAGGCGUAUUUCUGAUUUCACCCAGCUUAGUUGUCACUUUCUUACUGAUCCAUAUUACAUUUCGUUUUGUUUUUUUCUCUGUUACAUUCUUUGGAUUACCCACACUCUCUUUCUCUCACACUCUUUCUCAUAAGUACAGACCACAUGCACACGAGUCAGGUUUUCAAGCUGUUUCAAGAGUUAAGUAAGAGGUAAACAUAUUUUUUUGACGUUUUUUCUUCUUGUUGAUGUCAUGUUCCAUAUGUGAACCAGACUACUGUAUUUUGUCGUUGUCAUUGACGUGUAUUUGUUUUUGAGGGACUGAUGGGGCCCAUACUACAAAGCUGGUUC